AUGGCUACACUCUUGUUGAGACAUGUUGGCCAUCACUGCCUUCGUGCCCACCUUAGUCUUUGGCUGUGUAUCAGAAAUUCGUUUCUUCCCCUGGCUAUGUCAAUUUGCCACCAUGACACUGGUAAUCCCUUGAGUUCAGAGGUCUCUCUUUUUGGCUUUUUAGCCCUGUUCAUCCCUGGGAACUUUGAGUCUCUUUUGGAACCUGUGAAGUCCCUGUGUCUGGGGCCAGCCCUAAUCCACACAAUCAAGUUUGCUCUCAUCUUCCUUUUCAUGUAUCACACCUGGAAUGGGAUCCAACACUUGAUGUGGGACGUAGCAAAGGGCCUGAGAUGUCCCAGUUACAGCAGUCUGCAGUGA